AGAUGAUGUGAAGUGAAAGAAGAGAAAAAAAAACAUUGAAAGCGUCUCUACAGUCAGAGCAGCAGCUGCAGCUUCAGGGGAAAUAUUCAACUCUACAACCAUGAGUGAGUCACUGGUUGUGUGUGAUGUGGACGAAGAUCUGGUUAAAAAGCUGCGGGAGUUUCGUUUCCGGAAGGAGACCAAUAACGCGGCCAUCGUCAUGAAGAUCGAUAAAGACAAGCAGCUCGUUAUUCUUGAGGAAGAACACGAGGACAUUUCUCCUGAUGAUCUGAAGGAUGAGCUGCCUGAGAGACAGCCGAGAUUUAUCGUCUACAGUUAUAAAUACCAACAUGAUGAUGGACGCGUGUCUUAUCCUCUCUGCUUCAUCUUCUCCAGUCCAGUGGGUUGCAGACCAGAGCAGCAGAUGAUGUACGCAGGAAGCAAAAACAAACUGGUGCAAACGGUUGAACUGACCAAGGUGUUUGAGAUCAGAAACACAGAGGACCUAACAGAGGAAUGGCUUAGAGAGAAACUUGGGUUCUUCCGCUAAGCUCAUCUCAUCCAGAAGUCUGGGACGUGAGGAGGAUCCAGAUCGCACAACGCGUGUUGUGUCACUUCUUUGGGAGAACACACCACAGUUAAUGAUUCCUUUCUCUUUAUACCAGACCUGAUUUAAAUAGUGUUUCUAAAUACUUUCUGUACUCGGUUUUAGACUUGUUUGGUGGAGGGGUUUUUUUGGGCAUUUUACAGUUCAAAGUGUGCCAGAGGGUUCAGACAAUCACAUGCUUCUCUGUGACUGUCAGCAUGCUCGGCAUAUAAACCCUCACCCAUCUGCCAGCCUAAAACUGGAAUACUAUUUGAGGCAGGUCUGAUUUUGUCUCCCGUACAAUCUCUCCAUGUGCCAGUUACGUGUCUGUAUUGAAUUAACACUCCCAUAGCUCUUGAAGUGGACAGAAAUUGAUAGUGCUCAUCCGCCCUUCCUUAUCAUGUUCAUUCAGGAGAAUUUAAAAGGCAUUGUAACAACGGUUUCUGGUUCUCUUAAGUAGUUUACACAGUCUGCUUUUUGCAGCUGUAAACCUCUUUAGUUUCACCUUUUUUACUUCUAAUCAUUUUCCACAAGUUGAGGGAGUCUUACUUUCAGAUUAUGUUUGGUUAUUUCUGGUGUAUCUAGGGUUAUGUACACUUACAGUAGACUUUACAGCAGUUAUUUCCUUUUGUUGUGACAAACAAACAUCCUGCCAGAACAUCUGAACAAUCAUAGCUGCAAUUUAGAACAAGAUAGAGUCCUGUUUUAGUCAGUUUCUCCUUCAGUAUUAAUUUAAGGGCAUUUAAAUGAUCAUUUAGGUAUCAAACACUAAUCGCCCCAGUUUACAAAUGACAAAAACACUAAGACCAUUUGAAAAGUGGCACUAAAAGAUUUAAGUAUAAUGUGUGUACCUUCUCUUGGUGCACAUUGAACAAGCUGGUAGAAACCCCUCUGGUGUUCAUCUCGCUGCAGAUUUGUUGUUGUGUCAUCAGAUCACAUCUUUUGCGUCUGUGUUUAGAGAAGAAACAGUGUGAUUUAUGCGUAAAAGUGUAUUCAGCCUUUGACCUGCAUAUUUGUUAGGAUUUCACAUGUCUGAUAACAAUAUUUCCACUGAAACAUUCCAGACUGAACAGUUUUUACAAGAAACCUCUCUCUGUCUCUAGUGACCAUGAAAACACUGCACACAGGGCAGCGUCACCUGCCCUCUUCGUAAUCUACUGGGCUACUCUGUAUAAGUGGGUUGCUGUGUCUUUAUAUAGAGAUUGUUAGCUAUUAUUGUGCAUUAUAGCUCUUGUUGUUAUUACUGUUGAUGAAUGUUGUGCUUAACUCUGAUGUAAAGCCACUAUGGUUGCUUUAUAGUGGUCGCAGCCUCGAGACACUCAGUGUUGAGGAUGACGGCUGCGACUUAUCCAAAUGCCAGUUGUGCUUAAUAUUUAGACUUGUUGGGUAAAAGACAGCAUCUGGACCAUUUUCAUUUUCCACACAGAUCAGGGUUUGACCAAUAUAGGUUUUGUGAAGGCUGAUACUGAUAUUUGUGUAUUGAAUGUGCCAGCAGCUCAUAUUUUUGUGCCAAUAUCUAAUAUUAAGAGUGCAGUCUGUAAGUAUUUACAGUAGUUUCACAUUGUUGGGUUUAUAUUCUCUUAUAUCGGGCGUGAAAUCAAACAUUGAAGUUAAAAAUGCCAAACUAUAGCCUUCAGCACUUUUCAAAUUCAGUGGGCUGGAAAUAAAGGAGGGAUUAAAACAACAAAAACUGAAAACUAUUAAACACUUACAGACUCAAUUUAGUUUUUAUUUGGCUGCAUUUGUGCCCCAAAACUACAUUUUUUUCCCUUUUUGCUGCUGAAUUAUAUUCGUCUGAGGGCGGAAAAUCCUCUAAAACAGCACACUAAAACUCUAAACUAAUUCUAGUAAGGAUUAGCAGCUUUUAACAGCAGGGCAACCAGCCCCAGAUAUUUUGAGGGUACAUAAAAUGUACUUAAAAUGCAUUUAUACAAUUAUAUUGUGGGUGCUACUGACCUGGUUUUAUGUUACUGGUGAAGGGAAAACCUCCAUUUGACCAGUGGUGGCAGUUUUCCGAUUCUUGAUAAAAGCUCAAUAUCAGCUUGGUAUAUUGGUCUGACCCUAAUAAAGAAUAACAGACACAAAUGAAAUCCACAUGUUCCCUCAUCAGUGUCGUCUUUUAUUGAGAAAACUUUGGAAACGUUUAACGGUGGCUUGUGGCUAAUUUAGUGCUUCAUGGCAGGAAAUCGCCACAUAAUGUAUGAUGUCAUACUGCUACAUUAUACAUACCAAUGCCUUGUCUUAAAUAUUGUCAUAUUUAUGUCUUUUGAGAAAAAUCAUGAGGCCAAAAUGAAAACAUUACACAAUUUUUUUUGUAUGUGAGAAAAAUAGAAGGUGAUUGCUUUUGUUGGGAGGUAUUUAAUGUUUUUUGUUUUAAGACACUAUCUGUUUUUUGUUAUGUCCAGGAGACAUCAUCUGUCAAAGUACAAUUCUUGAUAGAUUAAAUGAUAGAAACUAAAUGAGUCAAAUUAUGCAGUCACACCUGUUCAUAUAGAUCAUUAAUUGAUAUCAAAUUAGGACUUUAUUUGAUUAUUUACAGGUGAGGACAGGGUUUCGUUCAACAGUAACAACUAUAUAACUGUUAUUGGUUUUGUCAUCUACUGAUAACAUCAAUGCUAAGAUUUAAACUGUUAGCUGAACGUUAGCCAAAAAAACAUCCAAACUCCAAUGUGUGUGAUUCACUUGUUCAUAACGGUUUCUGUUCUUACUUGAACUUCAGUUGCACACGUUCCUUUAUGGGUGAAAGUAAAGUUUAAUAGCCCUGAAACCUGAAAAAUUGAGGUAAAUUUUAAAAAACAACAACUCAAUCUGAAAUCAAAGG